UUAUUUCACUCCACCGUGUUUUGAUUUUACAAAGUCGGGUUGGAAUUGGAUUCAGUCUGGCCCCCACUAUUUUUUCCUAGUAACAGCAAAAACUCAAAUAUUUGUGUUCGGUCUUUGCCUGAAAAUGGCUUUCGCUUCGUUUAUUGGAAGAGUGAUGUUCGCGUCGGUUUUUAUUUUAUCGGCAUGGCAAGAGUUCAACGAUUUUGGCAUUGAUGGUGGGCCUGCAGCAAAGUCAUUGGAACCAAAGUUCAACAUCUUCUCAAAGCACGUGUCAACUCACACUGGGUUGCAAGUUCCAGAAGUUGAAAUCAAGUAUUUAGUUGCUGCUGCUAUAGCAUUGAAGGGUGUUGGGGGCCUUCUUUUCAUCUUUGGAAGUUCUCUUGGAGCGUAUCUUUUGCUUCUGCAUCAGGCUAUUGCUACUCCUAUUCUAUAUGACUUCUACAACUAUGAUGCUGACAAGAAGGAAUUCGGUCAACUUUUUUCGAAGUUUACACAGAGCUUGGCACUUUUUGGGGCUUUGCUUUUUUUCAUUGGUAUGAAGAACUCAAUGCCGAGGAGACAACUCAGGAAAAAGGCUCUCAAAACCAAAACAGUUUAAAGAGUUAUAUGCAGUUAUGCCUGGGUCUAGUUUCACAGUCGAUAUCUGACUCUGCCUGGAUGUAGUCCACGAUCUAGUUUUGUAUGCUUCAAUGUUUGUAUCAGAUUUUUUGGUUUUUGUUUUUAAAGAUUAGGUAAAAAUGUGGUUUACUUUCAUUGAGGGUAUGAUAUUGUUUAUUACCAAGCCAAUUGAUUGUCAUUGAACUGAAUUUAGAGAGAUUUGUCUUGGUUAAUCAUGGGAAGCAGAUUUGACGAA